AUGGGAGUAAAAGGCCUGUGGAAAAUGAUAAGCGGAAGAACUCUCGAAAUGAAAGAACUGCACGGGCUAAGUCUCUGCAUCGACGCUAACUUGGUGCUUUUUCCUGGAAUAUGCAGCGGAAACAUUGUGUUUAUAACCGAGUACAUGCUUAAGUCAAUACAGACGCUAAUUGUUCUUGGGAUAGACCCAAUUUUUGUAUUUGACGGGCGAAAGCCUCUAUUCAAGAGCAGGCCCCCAAAGAAAACGGAUGCACGCCGAGCAAAGACGAAGCCGUGCGAAAUUCCGAAGCCUCCCACUGCAAGCGCACGAGAAGGCGCAGCCAGUGAAUUCGGCGCGCAGGAGGACCUGAAAGCAGUGGAGCUGCCAGGGUACAGCCCCGAAAUAACAGACCAAGACUUUUCUAUGUACCAGAUCCAAAGGGUUUCCGAGAGACACAAGUACUUCAAAACUCUCACUAAGCGGAUGCACGGCGAAAGCGACCUCAUAUUCAAGCUGAGCUCGCAUGGGGCGCCUGCUUUUCCGAAAGAAGAGCCCAAAGAACCCUGCGAGUUUGAGUCUACGCUCCUGCACCUGGAGAAGAUGAGAAGCCACGUGCAUAUUGGGCUAGAAGCCUGCAGGAAAGCGGAAGAGAAAAAGCCGGCCCCGCCCCUAAAGAGGGCGCGCGGGCUUCCAAGCUGCGAAAUAACUCCUAGCGAAGAAGUCUCCGAGUACAGAAGAGAGCUGCAGACGUACUCCCUCCCCACGGAAGACACUUUGCUAAGCAGCGAGCCUGUGGACAAAGAGUCUCUUCCCUUUUCGUACCGGAUAAUAGUGGGGAUUCUUGACGCCUUUUGCGUGAAGUAUGUGAUCGCCCCCAGCGAGUCCGACAGCAUAUACAGGAGCAUAGAGCGAAUCAUCCACACGGACGGCGUAAUAACAGAAGACAGCGACAUGCUUUUGUUUAGCAGCAAGCCUGUGUUUAGGCACAUUUUCAAGAAGGUUGCUCUUCCCAAAGUGUUCUCAGAAAGCAGCACUCCGCUUGGGUACAGCCGGGCCGAGCUGCACAUACUUGCAUGGCUUCUGGGAAACGACUAUGUUCCAGGAAUCUGUAACAUAGGCCCCUCCAAGGCAAAGCUUGUGAUUGAAAAGUAUCGGGCUGUUCUGGAAACUCGGCCUGCGUGCGCGGAAAGUUCUUCCAUCAUAAACGUAAGCGCGCUUUCAGAGGUCGUUGAAAAAAUUCCUGAAAUAGACAUGGUGCACGACAUACACGCUCUGAUGCAGGUGCAAAGGGUGUACGAGGAAAAGCAGUUCAAAGUGAGAAUUGAGAACAGAACCCCCGCGCCCAUUGACAAAAGGAAGAUACUGGACUUUCUAACGCAAAGAACCACGUGGGCAUCUGCAGAGAAGGAGGGAUACUUUAAAAUGGUUCAGGAGUACCACAGCCGCAUCUCAAACAGUAAACAUGCCCCACCCACAUAG